GCAGGAGCGCCCAAGCUCGAGCCGCGAGUGGGGAAAGUCCGGGGCCGAGGUAUCUUGAGCGCGCAUCCCAAGGGUACUCGGGCUGCCGUGCCAUCAUGUAUCUGUCGCGAUUCUUGUCUUCUUCUGUUUCCUCAUUGUCGAUACCUGGGUGCACAGCGCAUUCACUCAUUUGGCCUCCAGCAAUCCAGUCUCGCCACACACGCAUCAUCCACUGAGACACGCACCAGCGUCUCUCCCCACCACUUCACCACAAUGAAGGGAAUUCAGAUCAAAGAAUAUGUCAACGGCCCCGACGACCUCAAAGUAACCUCCCUCCCCACGCCCACGCCCAACCCAAACGAAUACCUCAUCGCCAUCCACGCCUCGGCAACAAACUUCUUCGACCUCCUCCAGAUCCGCGGUAAAUAUCAACACCAGCCGCCCUUCCCCUGGGUCGCCGGCUCCGAAUUCUCCGGCACCAUCGUCGCCGCGCCCACCUCCUCAGCAUCCAAAUACAAAGUCGGCGAUAAAGUCUUCGGCGCAACACAAGGCGGCUACGCAACACACGUCGCCUGCCCGGAAGAGCGCUUACGUCCCGUGCCCAAGGGCUGGAGCUUCCAGGAUGCCGCCGGCCUGUUCGUCACGGCGCCGACGAGCUACGCGGGGCUGGUAGUGCGGGCGGGGAUCAAGGAGGGCGACUGGGUGCUUGUGCAUGCGGCCGCGGGCGGCGUAGGGCUGGCCGCCGUGCAGAUUGCAAAGGCGUUUGGGGCCAAGGUCAUCGCGACGGCCGGAACGCAGCACAAGCUCGACGUGGCCAAGUCGUUUGGUGCCGACCACGCCAUCAACUAUAAGCAGAAGGACUGGCCGGAGCAGGUCAAGAAGCUCACGCCAAAGGGCCGCGGCGUGGAUAUUGUGUAUGACCCUGUUGGGCUGAUUGCGCAGUCCAUGAAGUGCACGGCCUGGAAUGGACGACUACUUGUGGUCGGGUUCGCAGCAGGAGACAUCGAGAAGCUGGCGACGAACCGCGUGCUGUUGAAGAACGUGAGCGUCGUGGGACUGCAUUGGGGCAUGUACGCUGUGAACGAGCCUGAAAUGGUAGAGAAGGUGUGGGACGGUUUGUUCAAGCUCAUGGACGAGGGCAAGUACAAGGGCACAGCAUUCACGGACAAAGAGUACGUUGGGCUUGAGAGCGUGCCUGCUGCACUGAAGGCUUUGGGUGGACGGGAUAGCUGGGGCAAGGUGGUCGUCAAGGUGCCGCAAGAGGGACAGAGCAAGAUUUGAGAGGCCUCGCUUGCGCAUUGUAGAUAGAAAUUUUCUGCAAGUGGGACUCGCUUUGGACGCGAAAACACAAUCCAUUUCAUGCUC